GCUCAUACUUUAACGCGCAGAGGGCUCGUGCUGUUGGAUUCACGAGAGCAACUGUGCGAUGCGCGCGGACUCUCCAGUGGAUUUAAAACGCGGUCUCGUGCGACGUCUUUACUGACGAGUCAGUAAACUUCAGUCUGAGUUACGAAAAAGUCAAAGUCUGCUGCAAAUAAACAAAUAAGAAGAAAACAGUUAGUUGAACAGCUGAAAGCUCGAGACCAACCCACCACGCUGGCAGUCUGCUGUGCCUCAAACGGGACUGCUCAUUCAUCCGAACUGCUUGAUUAAACUGUCAAGAAAACAGCAAAGAACUUGUAAACCACAGUGUAAGUGUUUCUUUUCCACUUAGAUAAGAAGUUUUGUCUUCACCUUUUGCAACAUGUUCAGCUGGGCGAUCAAGGACGGGAAGAAAAAGGAUCCCGAACUGUUUCAGACAGUGUCGGACGGGUUGAAGCGGUUGUACAGGAAAAAAUUAUUUCCAUUGGAAGACACGUACAGCUUCCAUGAUUUCCACUCUCCGGCUCUGGAGGACGCCGAUUUCGACAACAAACCCAUGGUACUGUUAGUGGGCCAGUAUUCCACGGGGAAAACCACUUUUAUUCGGCAUCUCAUGGAGCAAGACUUCCCCGGAAUGCGCAUAGGCCCCGAACCGACCACCGACUCGUUCAUUGCGGUCAUGCACGGGGACCAGGAGGGGAUCAUCCCGGGCAACGCUUUAGUGGUUGACCCCAAGAAACCUUUCCGAAAACUUAACGCCUUUGGAAACGCCUUUCUAAACAGGUUUAUAUGUGCUCAGAUGCCAAAUCCAGUCCUGGACAGCAUCAGCAUCAUAGACACUCCUGGAAUUCUGUCCGGAGAGAAACAGAGAAUCAGCAGAGGUUAUGACUUCGCCGCUGUACUCGAAUGGUUUGCUGAACGUGUGGACCGCAUCAUUCUUCUCUUUGACGCACACAAGUUGGACAUUUCGGACGAGUUCUCCGAGGUGAUCCGUGCCCUGAAGAACCAUGAGGACAAGAUGCGGGUGGUACUCAAUAAAGCUGACCAGAUCGGCACCCAGCAGCUCAUGAGAGUGUAUGGCGCCCUCAUGUGGUCACUCGGUAAAAUUGUCAACACCCCAGAGGUGAUCCGAGUUUAUAUCGGCUCAUUCUGGGCUCAGCCACUGCUGGUUCCAGAUAACAGGAAACUGUUUGAGGCAGAGGAGCAAGACCUUUUCCGUGACAUCCAGGGACUUCCACGUAAUGCAGCGCUCCGCAAGCUGAAUGACCUUAUUAAACGGGCCCGUCUAGCAAAAGUUCAUGCCUAUAUCAUCAGUGCUUUGAAGAAAGAAAUGCCAAACAUGUUUGGGAAGGAGAAUAAAAAAAAGGAGCUCAUUGCUAACCUGGGGGAAAUCUAUGCAAAGAUUGAAAAAGAGCAUCAGAUCUCCCCUGGUGAUUUUCCCAAACUCACUAAAAUGCAGGAAAUCCUUGCUGGUCAGGACUUCACAAAGUUUCAAACACUGAAGCCCAAGCUGCUGGAAUCAGUGGAGGACAUGCUGGCCAACGACAUCGCCAAACUCAUGACUCUCGUACGGCAGGAGGAAGCUGCCAUGCCCAGUCAGUGUGUCCAUGGUGGUGCCUUUGAAGGCACUAUGAAUGGACCUUUCGGGCACGGUUAUGGAGAGGGAGCUGGUGAAGGCAUUGACGAGCUGGAGUGGAUCGUAGCGAAAGACAAACCAACUUAUGAUGAGAUCUUCUACACCCUGUCACCUGUCAACGGGAAGGUCACGGGUGCCAUGGCCAAGAAGGAGAUGGUCAAAUCCAAGCUGCCCAACACUGUUCUAGGAAAAAUCUGGAAGCUUGCCGACGUGGAUAAGGAUGGGUUCCUGGAUGAUGAGGAAUUUGCCCUGGCUAACCACCUCAUCAAGGUUAAGCUAGAGGGGCACGAGUUACCAGCUGAGCUUCCUGAUCACCUUGUGCCUCCUUCCAAACGAGGACAGUAACAAAUUGGGGAAAAUAAAUGUUAUUAUUGAGACAAAUGGAGUAGAAGUUAUGAAUAUGGGAGAGGGGUGGGGGUCUAAAAAUAUAUGCAAAGAAUAUUAAAUAACCAAACCAUAUGCAUUGGAUGUCAAAAUAAGCCAAACAGCUUUUAACUUAUACAUCACAACAGUUAUUUUGUUGUUUUCAUUAUUAUUUUCGCAUUAUCAUCUUUGAUCUUGUUAGACCGGUUGUUAGCAACCUAAUCAAAACUAAGAAUAUUAAGAAAUUAGCACUCUGUCAUUGUAUUUCUCUAAUUCUAGAUGUAGCCUAAUUCUGGUAAAGCACAUAUGAUGGUAUGCUGGCAGGGUGAUUCAUUAUGACCAAAACAUUCUGAAGGCUAUAAUUAUUGUUGAAAGUUAAGUGAAAUCUGUAAUUUAAUUGUUCCAUAUCUUUAAACUGAUGUUUUUUUUUUCUGUACUUUUAUUACUUCAGGUCUUCUCACGUUUAAAGUCAUGCUUUUAACUUUCCAGAUGGGUCUGUGUCGUUCAAAUUGAGUUUUUCAUCAGUUUUUCUCAUUGUUUAGAUUUAGCGGACUUAAGCUUAACUUUGUCAGUAGUUAAGCACUAAUCACUGUGUAGAAUUCAUAACUGAUGAACUGUAUCCUCAUGAGGUGUGGCUUUGAAUCUGGUCUGUAUUACAUAGGCAGCAACUCUUAAGCUGCUUUCCUUCCAUGGCUCUUCUCUGCCCUUCACUGUAUUUUGCUCUGAUCCAGGUUAUCUGGAUUCUGGACACACUAGCAAUUCUAGACAACCUUUUUUUUUCACUGAUGUUGCAUUGUCUGUCAUGAUGGUUAAAAAUAUUGUUGUGAGUUAUAGCUAUUCAAAACGAGAUGUGUAAGUGACAAGAAAUCCAACAGACAGACAGACGUCCAACUGUAUAAUAUGUGUAUAAGUUAUAUAAAUGGCACUGCUCGCAUUGGCCUCUA